AUCAAUUGGGCAGCCAUAUUGACAUAUUUCAUUAAAAAUUUGUGAAGUUAUUUGGUUCUGCAGAAGAACAUGUUUCUCUCAAACGUAUGUCGUGUGGCACCACUCCUUCGUAAAAUAAGGAUUGUAUCAGGCACAACUUCAAGAUUGAUGUCAAGCAAGCCUGUAGAAUCUGCUGAAGCAUUUGAUGCAAGAUGGGAAGCUUACUUUAACAGGAACGACAUUGAUGAUUGGGAAAUUCGCAAAGGUGUCAACGAGCUCUAUGGGCAUGAUCUUGUUCCUGAGCCCAGAAUUGUCAAUGCUAUGUUAAGAGCUUGUCGUAGAUUGGAUGAUUUUGGUAUGGCUGUACGUGUUCUGGAGAUCAUUAAGCUAAAAUGUGACCAAAGUGGUGAUAAAGAAGUUUAUGAUUACAUUAUUCAGAGCUGUAAGCCUGUCAUGGAUGAGCUUGGUGUCGAGACAGUUGAAAACUUGGGUUUGACAAAAAGUUAAACAUUGAUAUAUUUGGAGUAUGUAAAUGUAAAUUUUUACUUCAAAAGUAUUCACAAAUGCUAGAAUUAAUUGUUGUUACAACCUUUACAGUUAUACGACUCAAUUGUAAUUUUACAUUGUUUUGUUUGAAAUACAUGAAUAAAGUUCUAAUUGAUCUUGA